AAGUCACCACAGUGACCGUAGCCAACGUUGGUGCCUCUGCAGACAACGUUUUCACCACGUCCGUGGCAAACGCAGCUUCAAUUUCAGGCCACGUGCUGUCUGGGAGAACAGCCCUCCAGAUUGGGGACAGCUUGAAUCCUGAGAAAGCCACUCUCAUAGUGGUUCACACAGAUGGCAGCAUUGUAGAAACCACGGGGCUGAAGGGCCCAGCAGCACCUCUCACACCAGGACCACAAUCUCCUCCUACUCCUUUAACAUCCGUCCAGGAAAAAACUGGAACCAAGUACAACUGGGACCCGUCUGUCUAUGAGAACGAGCUGCCGGUGAGGUGCCGGAAUAUCAGUGGGAUUCUGUACAAGAACAGGCUGGGCUCAGGGGGCCGUGGCAGGUGCAUCAAGCAGGGGGAGAACUGGUACAGCCCCACGGAGUUCGAGGCGAUGGCGGGACGCGCCAGCAGCAAGGACUGGAAGAGGAGCAUCCGCUACGCCGGGCGCCCGCUGCAGUGCCUCAUCCAUGAUGGGAUUUUGAAUCCUCACGCUGCCUCUUGCACUUGUGCCGCCUGCUGCGACGACAUGACUCUGAGUGGCCCUGUACGACUCUUUGUACCCUAUAAAAGGCGGAAGAAAGAGAAUGAGAUGCCUGCAACCCCAGUGAAGAAGGAUUGCCCCAAGAACAUCACUCUGCUCCCUGCCACUGCUGCCACCACAUUCACCGUGACUCCUUCUGGGCAGAUCACUACCUCAGGGGCUCUGAGCUUCGACCGCGCCUCGACGGUGGAGGCCACGGCCAUUAUCUCGGAGAGCCCCUCCCAGGGCGACGUGUUCACUGGAGCCACUGUUCAGGAUGCCAACGUCCAGCAGCCGUGCCGGGUCAGUCACCCAGAGCCCCACUACCCCAGCUACCAGGACAACUGCCAGAUUUCACCUUUUCCUGAGGCUGCCCUGCCAACAUCUCAUCCCAAAAUCG